AUGGGCCUAUCACCAAUAGCCUUUGUCGUACUGAUUGUUCUCGCAACUGUAUCGCUUCCACUGAUCCUGAUUGCUCUGCUCUCGCGCUUCAUCUGUCGCAACUUCAGAGACGCGGCCGGCCUCCGCGAGCCCAAUCCUCGACGCUACCUGAGCUCUGGCUCGCGGUUUCUUACGGACUCCUGGCCUGACCUUGAAAGCACUCGAGGACACAACGACACGCCGCCAUUGGACCCUGGCACCGAGCUCGUCGACUUCGCAGACGUCGUCCAAUCGCCAUCGCAAGCUUGGCACCCGCCGAGAGACAGCCGCCUGGUAUGGAGCUUUUCGCCGACGAGAAUAGACCGGAUGGCACCGCAACGCCUCAACCGCUCCGAGUGCUCAAGAGAUUCGGGCGUCAUGCUGGAGAACAGCACUCCCGAAGGCCCUGACACGCCUUUGGUGGUCAUGAAGAAGAGAGGCAUGCAAAAUGGCAGAGAAACACCUGGACAGCUUGGUUUCAAGCCGAGCCGUACUCACCGUCCUCCUCUCCCAGCAUCAAAGAUAUUUCCCGAUACUGACGACGAGAUUGGAGAUGAUACUAUUCGUGCGUCUUACGAUGGCAAUGACCAAAUCGCACCGCUUUCAUCUUGCGGUCCUGCAUUUUCUGAUCCGUUUAGUACCCAAAUGCCAACGGGAGAUCCAGCAGUCCUUGUACCGCGGAUUGUAGUGACGCCCGCAGUCAGAGCUAUGGAAGGCGAUAGGGGGGCUAUGUGGAUUGCUGUCGAAGUUUCGGCAGAGCUCUGCCAGCCGCCCGAUGGCACGUUUCUCCCAGUGAUCCCCGUCUCCAACAAUGGUUUCCUGGUUCCUGGAACCGAACCCCGUCAGCUUGGAGAUCGAUACGGCUGCAUAUACGAUAUGGAUAUCCAACUCAUCCCUCUAGGAAAUAAUUGUAUCCUUGAGAUCAUCCAGGAAGACGAACCGACCCCCAGCAUGUUAUUUCCGGGAUUGAAGGUUCUUGUGCUUGCGCACGUUCACUUCGAAGCUAAGGGGCCUAACGGUCAUAUCCGGCAACGGUCAGACGAGUUGAUUGAUGACCUUGAAGAUCAGCUUGGGAGCUCGAAGGUAGAGUAUCUCCGCAUCGUGGUUAAAUACAAGCACUCAGCAUUCCCCAAAUGCGGCAGGUCUGACACGGUUGACGGCGUUGCCGAUGUGGAGACCAAGCUGGAGACAUCGGCCACAGCCGCACUGCAGCACCUCAACCACAGAUCACUUUGGUCUCCGUGUGCAAUGCUUGCACCAAAUCCACUCUUUGGCAUCAUCCACCAGCACUGGCCGUAG